CUGAGAGUUGCUUAAGCAUAAAAUCGAUUCGCUGAUAGUGACAGAGAAUAUAUAACAGUUUGCAUUAAUGUUGUUCCGUCCAGACUUGACUCGGAUUUAUAUACAGCAGUUCAUAGAAGGAAUGAAAGUGCUAGUCACAGGAGGUGCUGGAUAUCUUGGUUCAAUUUUAGUACCAAUGCUGUUAAAGAAAGGGCAUGAUGUAACAGUAUAUGAUACGUUACGCUGGGGAGUCAAUUCAUUAAUACACGUCGCAAAUAACUCUAGACUUAGGAUAGUUAAGGGAGAUAUAAAGGAUAGGAAACAUAUUGCCGAUGAAAUAUCAUUACAAGACGCAAUCAUACAUCUUGCAGCUAUAGUUGGAUAUCCUGCUUGUGAUGCAAAUCCAGAUUCUGCAUUGGAUACUAAUAUAUCUGGCACAAGGAAUAUCGCUGAGUUUAAAUCAAGUAAUCAAAUAUUGAUAUACGCUUGCACAGGAUCUUGUUACGGUGCUAUCGAUGGCAACUGUACGGAAAACACAAAGUUAAAUCCCUUGACAUUGUAUGGAAAAAGUAAAGCAAGUGGUGAAGAAAUAAUACGAUCCGUAGGUGGUAUCUCUCUUAGACUCGCUACAUUGUUUGGCUUAUCUACAAGAAUGCGACUUGAUUUACUGGUAAACGAUUUGACAUAUAAAGCCUUUGAAUGCAAAAAUAUUGAAUUAUAUGAAGGUGAUUUCAGAAGGACAUUCCUGCAUGUAAGAGAUGCUGCAGAAGCAUUCAUUUUUGCACUUGAAAAUGAACAAAAUAUGUCCGGCGAAGCAUAUAAUGUCGGGGACGAAAAUCUUAACAUGACAAAAUACAAUGUUGCGCAGAUUAUUCAAAAGCUAAUACCAGACUGCAGUAUUACUCAAACUUAUUCAACGCAUGACAAAGACAAACGUGAUUAUGAAGUCUCAUAUAAAAAGAUAAAUGAUUUAGGGUAUCGAAAUAAGAUAUCAAUUGAAGAAGGAAUUAGAGAAAUGCUCAGGGUUUUUCCAUUCUUAUCUGUCGGGGAACCAUUGCAGUAUUGUAAUAUAUAAGAUACGCAGUUUCAUUGCCCAUGAUACGCAAAAUGAUUUGAAUUAUUUGUGUGCCUGUCUAAGGUAGGCCACUUUGAUAUGUAGUAUGUAUCUUAAACAAUAGAAGUGUGUACAACUUAACAGAAAUUAAUCAUCUACUGUAGCAUGUUAACAGGGCUCGACACUAAGAGGCCCUUGGUGCUCAAAAAAUCUUUAAUAUUUGGAAGAGCUCUCCGACGAAUCGCGAUUCCGUCGGAAUCUUUUAUUGUGGCGUAACUUUUCUAUUGAAAGUAAUGGUUAUAAUGGUGUUAUUAAAAAUGAAAAUGUUUCGAAUGAAGCGCAUUGUUAGUUUAGGAAUUGUGAGAAUUCAAGCAGCUUUGUUAUAGAAAAUCGUUAUAAAAUGUACAGGAAACCCUGCCAUCCUAUUCCAUAACAACGUAUUGAAUACUUGAACAGUUAUAUGCAGUAAUAGCCUAUUCUAUUAUUUCAUAUAGUAUAACACUAUACUAUUAAGUUUUUAUUAUUCUAACCUGAGUAGAAAAAGUAUAUCUGAAAUGCUAGUCAUUUGUUGUCUUAAUGUGUAAACCUAAAUAUGUCAUCUGAGAAUGUGUUCACACAUGUUCGUCGUUCAUUUAAGUGGAUCUAAUCAUGCAUAAGACCCAUGAGUUGUAGUCAAGUAAUGAUAGAUGGGUUAUAGCACACUAAUAUUUCAAUGAGUCGGAUUUUGUUCAAAUUUCCUUCUGACAUGUUUGACAUUUUGAUACUAAAUAUAGCGCAUUUGUAUUUGCACAACAUAAAAACAUUCAUUAGUAGUAGAACCAUUUCAGAGCUUCAUUUAGAUCUGGAUGUAAUUAUGUAGUGAUCAAAGGUGAUUGAUAUAUCUCCCUUAGAAGAUAUAUCAUCGUACGCUUUCUGGUCAUUUCGUUUCUGUGGUUAGAUCAUUCUUCACACUUAGAUAAAGAUGUGUAUACUAUAGGUUAGAGACAACCAAUUAAAAAGGGUACAGGGGACUUACUUUUGGAAAAAUGUUAGCUGUAUAUCGGUCAAUAGGGUUAUGUUUGUCCGUUCUGACUGGUCAGUCAUAUAAACAACCCAUGACGUGAUUAGGUUUUCAAAAUUGACUUUUAUUUUACUGCAUUCACAGUAUUUUGUAAUAUAUUUAGACAAAAUGUGCUACAUUUAUGUGUAUAUUAUUUUUGCAAACAGUAUUCGUCCAAUAUUUUCCUAUAUUUUGAAAAAACAUAAAAAUAUACAUGUUACGAUUUAUGGAAUGCCGUUCACGUAAUGUUUUAUUGGAUUUCUGAGAAAAAAAUCGGUAGUCUCCGACCUGUAAUGAUUCAAGUUAUGCACAAGUCAAAUGGUUUAUCGCGGCCAGAAAUUUGUACAAACCGGACAGAAGUUGCGAAAUUGUCAUUUGUGCAGGAAAGAAGCGUUUACCAUAAUGUCCAGUACUGGACAGGUAUGGUGACAUACGUUUAA